AAAUAAAUAAAACGAAAGAAUUACUCUAAUAAUAAAAAAUUAUUUAGAAUUUAUAAUUAAUUAAAAUAAUUAAAUUAAAUUAAUUUUGUUUUUGUAAAUUUAGAAUUUGUAUUAAAAAUUUGUGAAAACCGAAAUAUUUUGAAUAAUUAAAUUUAUUCAAUUAAAUAAUUGUGAUAAUGAGUCUGUACGUGUUUAAUAUUUUCAUUAAAUUCUUAUUAAUAUUAAUUAUAUUGAAAAAAUUAACUUACGCUGAUUACGUUAUAUCAGAUUCCGACGAUGGACAAUCAAACGACGUAUCAACAUCUCAUCAUUUUUUCGGAGAUUUAGGAAAAGUUCUUGGGGGUGAUAAUGCAAAACCGCAUGUAGCUCCAUACAUUGUAUCUAUACAGGAGGUUAGUUCUUCUGGUAAAAAAGGAUUACAUUUAUGUGGUGGAGUUAUACUUAAUGAAAAUUGGAUAUUAACUGCUGCACACUGUUUAACAUCAAAAUCACUUGUACAAAAAUUAAUAAUAGUUGCUGGUGCCCAUAAUAUUGAUAUUGAAGAAAGUGGUACACAAAUACGUAAAAUUGAUUAUUAUAAAAAUCAUGAUUUAUAUAAUGGUGGAAUAAAUCCAUAUGAUAUUGCAUUAAUAUAUACAAAAGAAAAAUUUAUAUUUAAUUCAAAUAUAAAAUCAAUUGAAUUACCAAAAAGUGAUAGUAUGCCAACUGGUAAUGCUGAUUUAUAUGGUUGGGGUAGUAUAUCAGCAACAAAUACACCAGUAUUUCCAGGUAUAUUACAACAUGUUAAAAUGCCAAUUAUUGAUAAUGAAACAUGUAAAAAAGCACUCGGUAGUCAAAGUUUUAAAUUACAUAAAACAAAUUUAUGUACGGGACCAUUAACUGGUGGUACAAGUAUAUGUCAAGCUGAUUCUGGUGGACCAUUAGUACAAAAUAAUAAAAUAAUUGGUAUUGUAUCAUGGGGUAAAACACCAUGUGGUCAACCAAAUUCACCAUCAGUAUUUGUAAGAGUAUCAGCAUUUAUAGAUUGGAUAAAAAAAAUUCAAAAACAAAUGCCAUAAAAAAAAAAAACAAAACAAAAAUUCUAUAAUUUUUACUCGUUUAUAAUAAAAAAUAAAAAUAUUAUAAUAAUUAAUUGAGAUAUGACUAAUGUGAUAAUGAAAACUAAAUUAUGCGAUAAAUAUAAAAUUAAAAUAGAAAAGAAUUCCCUGCGCUUUUUUUUGUUUUUCUUCUUCUUUUUUUGGUUGAUUUGUUGGAAUUUUGGAAUUUUACGUAUGUGCGAUAAGGCGAGAGAUAAUUAAUUUCAUAAUAAUUAUAAAUUUUAUUAGAAAUGAAAAUUUUUAUAAUUUAUUAUGGGAAUUUUAGAGAAUC